UAGGGAGCUUUUUCUCUAAGUGCGAUCUCUGACGCGAUGGAAUCGGUAAAACGGGCCAACCAACGGCUUCGCAGUUACCCACUGUUGAUGGCAAAGUGUUCCGUGGCUGCAGCGGCGUACGCCACAUGCGUUACAACUGAUCUAAACGUAGCGCACCGGUCUUGCGAUAAAGAGUUUCACAACUUCAAAGAGUGCAUGCGGAAAGCCGCUAUCGAAAUGAAAACAAAACUGUAGGAAGGUGAUACACAUCCAUCAGCUAACAAACGAACGUAGUACGAGUGUAGAUAACGAACCCGAAACUGCAAACACUUACCCCUAGAGAGCAAGAUAGUUUCCCGUAAAAGACCCGCAAGCCGGUUAAAUGUGUAAAAAAUGUCAUUCAAGAAGCAUCUCAUCAUCAGCACGCUCGUACGUGUUUUCCUCAUCUA